CCAACCAGAGGGCGGGUUGUUUUGUUUUUUGUUGCCUUCGUGUGCCACGUUCAGGCUGGAGAUGGGCAAGCUUUCAUCAAAACCCCCCAACGGUCCCUGCCACCACGAGUACACUUUGGAGCUCUGAUCGAAUAAAUUCGGCCGUUCCCCUCUCCGGUUAGGUAAUGCCACCCCCAAAAGUGUCUCAUCCCAUCUCAAGAAACAUAAGAAAGACAAAUACCCUAUACAACUCUCUCGCGGAAAUUUUCUCUUAAACAUCGAGACCGCCCCAAUAAGACCGUAUUCCGUGCAGCAAGAACUCGUUUGCGGCGAGGGGGGAAAAAUAAACCCAAGUACAAUAACCGUGCUCAACACCCCUCUCGGUAUACCUCACAUUAUUUCCCGGGAUUUCGUCAAUAAUCAAUGACAUAAUGGCAUACCAGCGGGACUCGUCGGCCUACAGUCACGAGGAGGACGACGACCUCCGUGGGGCUGCACAUGUAGCAUCCCGCCACGCCGGCGAAUCGGGCGACGUCAGCCUCUUCAGUUCCAUCCUGGACACGAUCGGUCAGAGGAAGCAAAAGGAUGAGAUUGAUAUUGAAGACGUCGACGAGGCUGCGGCCAUCAGGAACCACAAGAAAUACUUUGCGGGUGACGACCAAGAUGGCGACGUCGACGAGCAUGGUAUGGGGUCUGCCGCAGUCAUGCAAGCCCUCAAGAUGUUCACCGGGCAUGGUGGUCCUGCCGUGGGCGGAGGUGGCGUCUCUGGUACCCACCAGAACGAGUUCAUCGGCCUUGCCUUGGGCGAGGCGAGUAAGCUCUUCGACAAGAAGGCAUCCCAAGGUAAAGUCCCAGAGGGUGCAUCCAAAGAGUCAGCUCUUAUGCAGGCUGGAGAGAUGGCGGUGAAGUUCUACAUGAAGUCCAGGUCGGAUGCUCCGGCCACCGGACCUGGGGGUGCGAGUGGACUCAUGGGACUUGCUUCGCAGUUUCUGAAGUGAAUCGGGUCACUCUUUGAAAAGUCAUGAUGUCAGCGCUAGAUUGGGAUAUAUUUACCAGAUUUGAGUUUGGGAGUGUAUUCAGUCGCUACCACGUACAUCCCAGCUUCAUAAACUUGUCUUUUGUCCAUUCGAAUAUACGCCGUACGCGGUACGGAGUAAACAAUUACUUUGCGGCA